AUGGACGAAAAGCGAGUAUCAUCGACCAUGAACUCUCAUAAUGGCGAAACUAUCACUCCACCAAAUCAUUCUGGCGCGAGCUAUGACAGCGAGAAGAUUGGCGUACAGGAGCUCGAGCGCACUACAACAGAGAUCAACAAUGCCGAUAUCUCAGAAUUCUCCCCUGAGGAGCAAAAGAGGAUCAUACGCCGGAUCGAUCUUCGUCUCGUUACAACCCUUGGUGUUCUAUACAUGUGUAGUUUGAUGGACAGAACCAAUCUUUCAGCGGCUAAUAUUGCUGGAAUGGCCAAGGGCCUCAAGCUUAUCGACAAUCGAUACAGUAUUAUUGUGUUGAUUUUCUUCAUACCAUACGUUCUAUUCCAACCACCAGCUACUGUUGUGAUGCGAAAGAUGGGACCACGGAUCUUUUUGACAACUAUUGUUGUUCUCUGGGGUGGCUGUAUGAUUGGGUUUGGAUUCGUCAAGAAAUGGGACCAGAUGGUUGGGCUUCGUGUUCUUCUUGGUGUCCUUGAGGCCGGUUUCUUCCCUGGCUGUGCUUACCUUCUGUCAUGCUGGUAUCCAAGAUACGACCUUCAAAAAAGAAAUGCUGUUUUCUACCUUAUUGGCAGUAUGGCAUCCGCAAUAUCUGGUAUCCUUGCUUAUGGCAUUAUGCAAAUGAACGGAAUUGCCAAUCUUUCCGGGUGGCGAUGGAUUUUUAUUAUCGAAGGGCUAAUCACCAUUGUCUUCGGUAUUGCUGGAUACUUCCUCAUUGUCGAUUUCCCUGAGAUGGCGGCCUCUUCCUGGAAAUUCCUUACUCCUCGCGAAACUGCUUUCGUCGUAGCCCGGAUUCAGGCAGAUCGAGCUGAUGCACUUCCGACCCAGUUCAACAUUACCGAAUAUCUCAAGAAUGCUCUUGAUUCCAAAGUUUGGGGAUUUGCGUGCUUGUUCGGCCUCACCACCACAAACUCAUAUGCUAUCGCGUAUUUCUUGCCUGUCAUCCUGGUCAGAGGAAUGGGAUUCUCCGUGGCCGCUGGACAGUGCUUGGUAGCACCACCAUACGUUGCCGCAGGUAUUGCCAUGUUUGGAAUGGCUGUAGUUGGAGACAAGUACCAUGUUCGUGGCCCAAUUGUCAUCUUCGGGGCCCUCCUAGGAAUGAUCGGCCUUCCGAUGUUGGGUUAUGCUACAAACAACGGUGUCCGUUACUUUGGAGUUUUCCUGGCUACAAUUAGUGCAAAUGCCAACAUCCCGGCUAUCCUUACAUAUCAAGCCAAUAACAUCAGAGGUCAAUGGAAACGUGCGCUCUGCUCUGCAACUCUUGUUGGGUUUGGUGGUAUUGGUGGUAUCAUCGGCUCAACCGUGUUCCGCGAACAUGAUGCUCCCAAGUAUGGACCUGGUAUCAUGACAUGCUUAAUUGCGAAUGGGUUGGUUAUCGUUAUUACAUUGCUGUUGACUUUGAAAUUUCAUCGCGCAAACAAGAGAGCUGAAGCAGGAGGCAAGAUCAUUGAAGGACAGCCAGGAUUCAGAUAUACCUUGUAA